CAUCUUACUUAUAGCACAAAAAAUAGGAAAUAGAACCUCUAUUUCUCACGGCCAAUCCCACUUUCCACGAUUAUCAUCCUCAAGGCUACUUGGAAAGAUGUCAGAGAUCCUGCUGGGAGCUCAUACAUUGACAUCUCAUGGAGUAAAGGUGGCCAGAAUACAUCUAUAUGACUGGCUAAUUCUUGUAUGUCUUGUUGUUAUUGAUGGCCUUCUGAAUUUUAUAGAGCCCUUUCACCGCUUUGUUGGGGAAGAAAUGAUGACAGAUUUGAAAUUCCCCUUCCACAAAGAUACCAUCCCUUUCUGGGCUGUUCCAUUUCUUGCAGUAUUGCUGCCUUUAGUUAUUUUUUCCAUAUACUACUAUUUCAGGAAGGAUGUAUAUGAUUUCCAUCAUGCUGUACUAGGUCUUCUAUUUUCUGUCCUGGUAACUGGAGUUAUAACGGAUUCAAUCAAAGAUGCUGUUGGUAGGCCGAGACCAAAUUUCUUCUGGCGCUGUUUCCCUGAUGGAAAGGCGGUGUUUGACAGAAUUAUAGGGGAUGUUGUUUGUCAUGGAAAUGAAGAGCAUAUAAAGGAAGGAUACAAAAGCUUUCCCAGUGGUCACACUUCAUGGUCUUUUGCAGGUCUUUCGUUCCUUUCAUGGUAUAUGUCAGGAAAAAUUAGAGCGUUUGAUCGUAGAGGCCAUGUUGCAAAACUCUGCAUCGUGUUUUUACCAGUGCUUGUUGCCGCUCUGGUGGGUGUUUCUCGGGUGGAUGACUACUGGCAUCACUGGACAGAUGUUUUCGCUGGAGCUCUUAUAGGAUCAACCAUGGCAGCAUUCUGUUACUUGCAAUUCUUUCCUUCUCCACAUAAUGAGGAUGGUUGGGCACCUCAUGCAUAUUUCCAGAUGCUGGCCGACAGGCAUGCUGCUCAAUCUUCAGGAACCAGAGCCAUCUCUCCCCAUAGCCGUAAGCAUCAAACAUAUAUUGAAAUACUACCCAUGGUAUCAGGAAGUGGAUCAGUAGAUUCAAGCCCCGAUAUUGAAGCAAUGAGCCCUGGAAAAAGACAUUGAGUUGAAAGUUUCUUUUUGUUCUGAAAGAUGUUCAAUUUGAAGGGCUAAUACUGGUUCAGUUGACUUGUAAAUACUUCAGCAGGCUACUCUAAUUUCUGAAACUGAAUGUUGAAUUCUAAUUGAGGUUGCAAUUGAAGAUUUGCUUGUCCAGUUGGCUUAUUAAUUACUACUAACCAAGCAGAAAUUCUUGGCGAGACAGGAACCUAGCCAAAUUCAGAAUAUUAGUUAGUUCGAUAUGGGUUUUGGGAGGGCAACUAUGAAAUUUCAUUUGUUCAAUGGCUGAAGCUGAAAAUGGGUAUUCAAGUUCAUAAUUGAAACUUGAAAUUGAAAUUUGUCUACUCAAUUAUGUUGCAUAUCUUCCCAGUUGUAGCUCAAAAGAUAUGUCUAGCCAUUUUUAUA